AUGGCUCUGGAAGUGUUGCAGAUGCUUCGUGCGCAGCCAGGCAUCCAGCCGAAUGUUGUCUGCUUUGGCGCCGGGAUAACAGCUUGCGCGAAAGGUCGUCACUGGGAGGGCGCUUUCGCUCUGCUCGACGAGCUCCGAGAGAGAGCCUUGGAUCCAGAUCUGAUAGCUUUCAAUGCAGCCAUCACGGCCUGCGAGAAGGCCCAACGCUGGGAGUUCGCCCUUGAGCUGCUGAUGAUGAUGAGUUCACAUAUGGUGACACCCGACAUCGUAUCUUUCAAUGCCACAGCUUCUGCUUGCGAAAAACGCAGCCAGUGGUGUUGGGCAUUGUGGGUUGCCUCGCAGACGAGGUGCUUGCCAAAGUUGCAGGGCUCGGGCUUGCUCACCAUCAGCAAUGCGUGCAUCAGUGCUUGCGCGAAGGCACGGCGGCUGCGCGAAGCCUUGGUGCUGGGGCUCAAUGUGCAAACGCCGGACAAGGUGACCUACAACGGUCUCGUGGCAGCCUGCAGAAGCACGGGCGGUGAGUAUUGGGAUAUGAUCUUCACUUUGAUGCGGCAGAUGCAGAGGCGGCGAGUUGCCCCUGGUGCCGACGUCCUGGGCGCUGCCGCCGAUGCGGCUCUCGAGGCUGGGCAGCCACUGUCUGCGAGGCCAGUGAUGAAGCGCCUUGAGCAAUGCUGUCUGUCAGAGCUGACCGAUGCAGUUCUCCUUACCCGGAGCUGGAGCGACAAGCGCCAAAACGGGACAGACGCGUUGGGUCCGUUGGGUGGUGCCAGUUGGUGCUCCGUCUUCGAGCCCGUGCUGGGAUCACACGCGGGUCUUUCGCUGCUUUCCGGCGCCAUGGCCGAAGUGGAUGCCCUAGUGGAAGCCGGCGGCCGCUACGAAGGCAUGCAAUGCUUUGCAAUUUCUUCCGUCAAACUCCCAGCUGCAAAGGGCCAAACCGUUUCACAAUACCCGCCAACGGACUUCGACACGGAACCCGACUGGUGCGCGACCGCUCGGGAGCUUCUUCUGAAUGACCAGGCCGACAAGGCACUGAAGCUCGCAGAUCGAGGACUGCGCGCGGCCGUCAAAGCGAAGGACAAGCGCAAUGAAGCACGUGCUCGGCAGAUGCAGGCCAUGGUUCUCAACGAGUUGGCACAGCAAGAUCCGAUGGACAUCGUCGAGGUGACCACAAGUGCUGCCAAAGCGCUGAAGGCCGUCUUUUGCCCUGUGAAAUGGUUGGAGUUUUGA